GGAGGAAGCCACGAUUGUCUGGAAAGAUUAGAGUUGGCGUCUUUAAUACUAAAAAAAGCUAACAUUUCUCAAAUUCUACCGGUUAAAAUUGUUUCGAAAAUACUUCUGGUGCUUCUUUCAAUGUUUCUUCGGUUUUUCGUAUGUGUCAAACAAACCAAGCGGCAGAAAACGUGCAAAGCCUCCCGUGAUUUGGUUCUCUCCGCAACAAAGUUCGUGAAAAAGAGGAAGGAGUGAAUUCCGCUCAAGAUUCCCUGAUCCUGGAAGAUGAGAAAAACGCGGCAAGCCGCAGAAUUUUCAGAACUCAAGGACCUAGUGCAUCAGCUUCGUGUUUCUGAUCUGCAACAAUUGCUUGGCGAGCAUAACAUUAGCCGUAGCGGCCGCAAAAGCGAACUUAUCGAGCGUGUCCUGAUUUUGGUCCGCCAGAAUAUAUCGGUCCUCAAGUACAAGGUUCGCGAGCUGCAUAAAAGGGCACAAGAGGAAGCUGAAGCCCUUGCCAAGGCUGCAGAGACGCCAUCGGUGAUCAUUAGUAAGGCUCCCCCCGCUGCGGUUCCGCCACCCGAAGUGCACAUCAACACUUCAGUUAUCAGCGCACCAGUUCAGACAGCAAUCUCGCGUGCGACGCCGAGCAUGUACCAGCAACAGUAUGCUAACGCAGUCCAAAGUGACAACCGUGGCGGACAAAUGCACACCAACGGCAUCGUUCCCAUACCGUACCCCGAUGCGACGCCGAAUCCCGGCUAUCCGAUCCAUCCGGACGUGAAGCUGAAGAAGUUGGCUUUCUUCGAUGUAUUGGCCACACUUUUAAAGCCAGCCACUCUGGUUCCGAGCAACACGACGCAGCGCGUUCAGGAAGGGUCCUUCUUCUUCCAUCUGACUCCUCAGCAGGCCACGGACAUUGCGACCAAUCGGGACAUUCGCAACGCAAACAAAAUUGAGCACACCAUCCAGGUGCAGUUGCGAUUCUGCCUGCUGGAGACUUCGUGCGAGCAGGAGGACUACUUUCCUCCGAAUAUUGUAGUCAAAGUCAACAACAAACUUUGCCCUCUUCCGAAUCCAAUCCCAACCAAUAAGCCGGGCGUCGAACCGAAGCGUCCUCCGCGGCCGGUCAACAUUACGCCCAACGUGAAGCUGUCGCCGAUCGUGGCGAACCACAUUGCCGUGUCCUGGUGCACGGAGUACAACCGUGGCUACGCUGCUGCAUGCUACCUGGUUCGCAAGUUGACUUCCACGCAGCUAUUGCAGCGCAUGAAAACCAAAGGCGUCAAACCGGCCGAUUACACAAGAGCGCUGAUCAAAGAAAAGCUGAACGAAGAUGCCGACUGCGAGAUUGCCACCACAAUGCUGAAGGUUUCUCUGAUUUGUCCUUUGGGCAAGAUGCGCAUGUCAACGCCUUGCAGAUCGUCAACGUGUUCGCAUCUUCAGUGCUUUGAUGCUUCGUUGUACUUGCAGAUGAACGAGCGCAAGCCGACAUGGAAUUGUCCUGUCUGCGACAAACCCGCUCUCUACGAUAAUCUAGUAAUCGAUGGCUACUUCCAAGAAGUUCUGGCUUCAAACAAGCUGUCCGGCGAUGACAGUGAGAUUCAGCUGCACAAGGACGGAUCGUGGAGCACGCACGUCAAGAGUAACGACACCUGCAGCGUCGACACGCCCAGCAAACCAGUUCAAAAAGUGGAGGUCAUCUCGGAUGACAUUGAGGUCAUAACUACCGAUCCACCCAAGUCCAGCAUCAGCCAAGCCAGCGUAAUAUCCAGCAGCGAGCCUACCUCGACGACAGCCGCCUCUGGCGAUACGGUUGACUUAACCCUCAGCGAUUCCGACGACGAUGAUUUACCGUUGAAGCGUAAAGUUGUGACGCGUUCUAGUGGCACAGCGAGCAGCGCGGGAAGUGCUUCGAGUGCCGCCGUGGCCACCGCAGCCGCCACGCCUGCCCCGGCAGCAUCGUCCUCGUCUUCGUCCUCAGUAACGAAGCCAAAAACGAAUGAGGAUACUUCGCAAUCAGUUAUUUCUCUAGAUUCUCCAUCUCCGCCGUCAACGCCCAAUCCACCAGCGUAUAAUAACAGUGUACCUCCGAUGUCCAACAAUGUUUCAUCUACAACCGCUAGUACGCCUACAAUUCCAUAUCAACUGCCGAUAAAUCCUUUAGAGCAAGCUAGCAAUUUACAACUCAAUCCACUAGCACUAAACAGUUUUUAUGAUUAUUUUUCAAAGAUAUGAACCACCGGAUGAUUUGCAGUCGUACAUUUACAAUCGCCUAAUCAGUGAAGCCCAGGAGCUUUCCUAUCUGACCAGUCAGUGGAGUGUACAGGGUUACAUUCCGGGUUCCACCAAAUAACGAAAAAACACACAAUUCGGCGGCGGUGUUGUAAAAGAUGCUGCGCUGAUAGUUGAUCCGGAGUUGAUUGCCUUACAUUUAAGCUAUUUGCAUUAAGAAAAAUGAACAGAUUAUGAAUACAAUUAAGAGAGAAAAUGUGAAAGGACAAAACAAAUCGAUACUUCUUUUAAAAAGUUAGUUUUGGUAACUUUGGUAUCGAAACUUUUGGUAUAUACUCUACAAUCACAA